AUGGCGCCUUCCAAAUUGACCCCUCAGGAGCAGAAAGUCAUCCUACACAAGCACAACACCUUAAGGGGGUCGGUACAGCCGUCAGGGGCCGACGAAAUACGUCUGGAAUGGGACGACCGUCUCGCGGCAAGAGCCCAAGCUUGGGCGAACAAGUGUACCUUUAAACACGACUUUCUUACUGAUUGUAAAGGGAAUUACAUGGGGCAAAACCUGUACACGGCUUUUGCCGCACACAAUGUCCCGGAUGUUGACCCCCAGGAAGUAGUUCAAGAAUGGUACAACGAGCAGCCAUUUUACCAAUACUCUUCUAACACUUGUCAGGCAGGCAAAGUGUGCGGCCACUACACGCAAGUUGUCUGGGCGAAGACCAGGCUUGUUGGAUGUGGCAUCGCUGCUUGUAAGACUUUGUUCAACCCUGGGUAUAAGAAUCACACCAACGCAGCGUUAGUAGUCUGUAACUACGAUCCGCCAGGAAACUAUAUUGGCGCCCGACCCUACACGUCUGGGUCCUCUUGCUCUCAGUGUAAAGUCAAAGAUGGCGGUUUCAAAUGCGAGAAUAACCUAUGUGUCCCCUGUAUUCCUAAGCUCGACCCGGCAUGUGAAUGCCCAGUGUCCGAGUGUGCAAAUGGUGGUGUCGUCAACAUGGACACGUGUGAGUGUAGCUGCCCGGAUGGUUUUUACGGACAGGACUGUAGCUUGGGUUGUAAGGACAAGUCUACUUUCUGCUCUCACUGGAAAGGCUAUUGUGGCCAAGCAGCUUACAAAGGUUUUAUGAAGUCAAACUGUGCAAAGACUUGUGGACUGUGUUGAAUCAUAUCCAAGUGACAGCUCCACGUCUCAGAUGGAAGCUCAUAACAUAUAUUCAAGGCAUACUCUAAAUUAUUUCUUAGCUUUGCUUUCUCUCUGUCAUCUCAGAGUUUUAAGUCACUCUUUCAGAUUAUUUAUUUGGCGCCUUUGUGCUCAUGUAUGUUUGGUCUAAGAAAAACUCCUCACCAGACUUAUUUUUUUCUGAGGUUUUCAUUUCUUC